AUGGCCGACCUCCUCAAGAAACCAGCGAUGGAGAAGGAGCCUCUCCAUUCUGAGUGCCGACGUCCAAAAUGGUCUUGGGUGACCAUAUUCUGGUCAGUAGCAGGCGCAGGCCUCCUGGGGCUUACUGGGUUCCGUGGGUUGCUUACCCCGGCACACCCCUGGGUCACUCCAGACAAUCACAACCCCCUCCCGCAUGAGACUCAACUCCAAGUACAAGACUCGCCCUAUGGAUUAUACCCUCAAGAGAACGAUCCAUUUCAUUUCCUCCCCUGUACUGGCGCCAGUCGUCUGCCACCGCUUGACGACCCGACCCCUCAGCAGUCAUGGGCCAGUCUUUUCGAUCCAAACCCCAGCCAUUGGAACUGGGGUAGCAAUGGCCGGGGAAUCUACCUUUGUGGAUACUUGGAUCUCCCAAUUGACUAUCACAACCACUCGGAUACUCGUAUAGUCCGCAUUGCGGUGACCAAAUUCCAGGUUGCGGGCCUGCCUCUGAAGAAUGACUCUGAUUCUGUCACGAACAGCUACAAGAGCAAGCGUACACUUAUCAUCGAGCCCGGAGGUCCAGGCGGCAGUGGAACGUCUUACCUGUGGGAGACUGCGGAGGAAAUGACCAACCGCCUUGGCGACGGGCAACUCGAUGUACUCGGCUGGGAUCCACGGGGUGUCAACACUUCCCUCCCCUCUGCAGCAUGCUACCCUCAGGAUGCCCACCGGGAUCGCUGGUCACUCCUCGCGCUUCGGUAUCGCGAAGAAGCUCCAGCAGCGCAACUCGAAAUGAUGGAUGCCAUGAACAACGCUACAUUCUUUGCCUGCCACCAACGCCUCGGUGAUUUUGGUCGCUUCGUCAGCACGGCCUUUGUGGCACGCGAUCUCGACGAGAUUCGUAAAGCCCUUGGGGAAGAAGAAGUCACUGGAUACUUUCUCAGUUAUGGGACGGGUAUCGGUCAGACGUAUGUCAAUAUGUUUCCCGACCGUGCGGGCCGAUUGAUUCUCGACGGGACGGAGUACGUCAAGGAUCACCGCCUCCUGGGUGGCUUCGGUUGGACCUCCCUCGACAAUGCAACGGAUGCGUGGCGUGAUGGGUUCUUGGGCGAGUGCAUCAGUGCUGGACCGGAAGCGUGUGCGCUGGCCAAACCAAUCUCCGACAAGGACGGUCCCGUCACAUUAGAACAGUUGGAAGGACGCAUGGCCCGACUACUCGCAUCGCUUCAGAUCCGGCCUCAAUCCGCAUACACGGAAUCAGGGGGUCCGUCCUUGAUCACGUACUCUGCGCUCGUGGAGAACCUGCUAUACCCGGUCAUGUACAGACCGGCAAACUGGCCAAGCAUUGCACAACUCCUCUAUGAACUGGAAGCAGGCAAUGCAACACUAGCAGCAACCCAGCUAGAGACCUCAUGGAGCGAUCACUCGGAGAAACCCUCCUAUCCGCAUAUACCAUCAUCCAGCGAACUAGAGCUCCUCGUAAUCUGCUCCGAUUCCUACGAUGCACCCAUGCCGGACGGCCUCGACUGGUGGGACCAGCUAUGGGCGAACAUGACUGCCCAAAGCUGGAUGGCCGGUAACUCACGUUUCUUCGCCGUCCUACCUUGCCGACACUAUAAUACCUACUGGGGCCGUCCGUCGGAGGUAUACCGCGGUGACCUCAACAACACUCUCAAGACUCCUACCCUUCUUAUCGCCUCGACGUAUGACCCUGCGACGCCGCUGCGCAAUGGAAGGAGGCUUUUAGAGGAGAUGGGUCAGAAUGCCCGGUUAAUUGUGCAUCAUGCGUACGGGCAUAGUUCCAGACGGGACUCGUCGGAAUGUACGGAUCGUGUGGCGACGGCUUAUAUCAUGGAUGGCACUCUCCCCGAGGAACGGGAAACGGACUGCUAUGCCGAUAAGAAGCCUUUCUCUCAGUAG